CUCUCUCCCGAUAUAAUCUUUCUUCCCCAUUGCAUCCACACGUUUUUCCUAAGGCGCAAGUUUCUCACUUACAUGUCUCCAUCUUCUUCUUCCCUAAUACAUUCUUUCUUACACCAAACAAGUCUUCAUUAAAACUACGUAUGUGCCGUACGUUCUUAAAAAAUUUCUUCCCCUCACAGCAAGGAAAUAUGAUCCGGUAGAAUUAGAAAAGCUACCAAAAUCUUUCCCUCAUCAGUUCAGGUUUCGCACGUACCAAAUCUUUAAUUUCCAUCGAGGAAAAGAAAAUAUGAAUGAGCUGCUUGCUGCGGGUAACAUGUCGCAGUUCACAUCCCGCUCCCCGUUCAGCCCCCCGGGAGAAUCGUGCUUGGCUCAACGUCUAAGGUUGUUGAAGGUCGGUUUUUGUUCAAGUAACAAUAUGAACUGGCCCCCUAGGCGGGCAAGGCUCAAGGUGAUGGCAUCUUCUGGCAGCGAUCAAGUGCUCGACGUGACUGACAGGAAGAAGGUGAAUGGUGUAUCCAUGGCCAAGGAGAACUUUGGACUCCUCAAGGACAGCCCCAUCUCCGCACCUCUUCAUUCGUGUUUGCUGGGCAGGUUUGUGGAAGACCGUUUUGUGUAUCGGCAGACCUUCAUCAUCCGCUCCUAUGAAAUCGGACCCGACAAGACCGCCACCAUGGAGACCCUCAUGAACCUCCUUCAGGAAACAGCUCUAAACCACGUGACGAGCUCCGGCCUUGCUGGCAAUGGUUUCGGUGCAACCCGAGAGAUGAGCCUUCGGAAGCUCAUAUGGGUCGUCACACGGAUCCACAUUCAAGUCCAGAGAUACAGCUCCUGGGGAGAUGUGGUGGAGAUCGAUACCUGGGUUGAUGCGGCAGGGAAAAAUGGGAUGCGCAGAGACUGGAUAAUCCGCGAUUACCACACCAAAGAGAUCAUAACAAGAGCGACCAGCACAUGGGUGAUCAUGAACAGAGAAACGAGGAGGCUGUCUAAGAUCCCUGAACAAGUCAAGCAAGAGGUCAUACCCUUCUACCUGAACAGACUUGCCAUUCCUCACGUGGAGAAUGAUGUUGAUAAAAUCGACAAGCUCACUGAUGGAACAGCCGAGAGGAUUCGUUCAGGGCUGGCACCUAGGUGGAGCGACAUGGAUGCUAACCAGCACGUGAACAACGUUAAAUACAUCGGAUGGAUUCUAGAGAGCGUGCCCAUAAAGGUGUUGGAAGCGUACCAUCUGACGAGUAUAACACUGGAAUAUUGGCGUGAAUGCCGCCAAUCAAACUUGCUGGAGUCACUGACCAGCACUAGCAGAACGUCGUCAGCCACGUCAGAAGGCUCCGAUGGUGCAAGAAAAAGGAGCAACCCUGACCUGGAAUACAUACACCUUCUCCGAAUGGAAGCUGAUAAGGCCGAGAUAAUCCGAGCAAGAACAGAGUGGCAUUCAAAAUCUGGGGACUGACAGUUCGUACAGUAUGGGUGCUCUUGGGAUGACCGGCUUUUGAUCUUUGGUUCAAUUCGUUUUUGUAUAUCUACUCCAUGUAUUGUUCUCCAAUAAGUUUCAACUCUUUCCCUUGCAUCGUGAGGCGAUGCGUUCAUUGCUUGCAAAGAUUAUUAUUAUUAUUAUUAUUAUUAUUAUUAUUAUUA